AUGCCAAACACACCAAAUAUAGAGGCUGACCAAAAAGAUUAUCUUACCAAUGAAUCUCAAGGAGAAGGAACAACAAACAACAAAGAAGAAAAAGGAAAUGAAAAGAAGAUACUUGAAGAAAAGAAUGAUCAAGGAAAAGGAAAAGAAGAAAAAGUUUAUAAAAGAUCAAAGAGGACAACAACUAAAACAAAGCCUUACCAAUCACCUUACAUGAGGCGGACAAUUGAAAUGAGAAAAAAGUUAGAAGCUGUUGAGACAAGGAUUUCAAAAUCCAUAUUCUCACUACAAAAAGAUCACAAUGUACAUCUGAUUGACAAUGAAAAAACCAUUAAAGAUAUUGUGCAUACUUAUGGAAUGUUGCCAUAUUAUUUGUUAAAUUUGAUGAUAUCGUACUUGAUUGAUAAAAAACACCCAAAAGCAGACGAUUUACUAAAGAAGGAAGUUGCGAUUUUUAAACUAAAGUGGUGGACAGAAAACAACAUGAACGACAGUGGAGUUAUGUUGAUGAGACAUAUGAAAACUUUCAAGGGACAAGGGCCAAAUAACUGGGAUUCUGAGAUUGAAAAAAAUAUAACACAACAGAAAACCCAAUUGACAAAGCUUCGAUCAAAAUAUGUUACAAAGAUCUUGGUGAAUGAUAUCAAUAUCCAUAGCAACAAGAUAAUAAAAGAAGGUCUUAAGUUUGAAAAGCUGACAAGAAGAACAAAAAACAAGUUGUGA